GGAGGAGGAGGAGGAGGAGGAGGAGGAGGAGAGGAUGCAGUGUGGAGCUGAUCUCAGUUCAGUCCGUCUGAGCUGAAAGUGGAAACUUUCUGAUGCUUCUCUCACUCUGAGCUGAUCUUCAUGCACCUGUGACGAGACUUCCUGUCCCGCCCCCACCAUGAGUGACAUCUACGAGUCAGCGGCCAACUCUCUGGGUCUGUUCAGCAGCCCCUGUCUGACCAAAGUGGAGCUGAGACUCACCUGUAAAGGCAUCUCGGACCGAGACGCUCUGUCCAAACCCGACCCCUGCGUCGUUCUCAAGAUGAAGUCCCACGGGCAGUGGAUGGAGGUGGACCGGACCGAGGUGAUCCGCAGCUGUGUGAACCCCACCUACUCCAAGGUUUUCACGCUGGACUUUUAUUUUGAAGAGGUGCAGCGUUUGCGCUUCGAGCUGUACGACAUCAAUAACAGCAGCCACAACGGCCUGAAGGAGGCCGACUUCCUGGGCUCAGUGGAGUGCACGCUGGGACAGAUCAUCUCUCAGAGGAAACUGUCCAAAGCUCUGCUGAGACCUGGAGGCACGGUGGGGAAGGCCAUCAUCACGAUCACAGCAGAGGAGCUGACGGGGAACGACGACUACAUUGAACUCUCCUUCAGCGCCAGGAAACUAGACGACAAGGACUUCUUCAGUAAAUCCGACCCAUUCCUGGAGAUCUACAGGCUGAACGAUGACGCCACGCUGCAGCUGGUCUACAGGACGGAGACUGUGAUGAACAAUCUGAACCCCGUCUGGAAAACAUUCAAAGUGUCUCUCAACUCGCUCUGCAGUGGAGACCAUGAACGCAAGCUGCAGUGCACCGUGUGGGACUGGGACUCCAACGGCAAACACGACUACAUCGGAGAGUUCGAGGCCACGUUCAAAGAGAUGAGAGGCGCCAUCGACGGACGGCAGGUGCAGUGGCCGUGCAUCAACCCCAAAUACCAAGUAAAGAAGAAGAACUACAAGAACUCUGGGAUCGUCAUCCUGAACCAGUGCAAGAUCAUCAAGAUGCACUCGUUCCUGGACUACAUCAUGGGAGGCUGUCAGAUCCAGUUCACUGUAGCCAUCGACUUCACGGCCUCUAACGGCGAUCCUCGGAACAGCUGCUCUCUGCACUACAUCCACCCGUUCCAGCCCAACGAGUACCUGAAGGCUCUGGUGGCCGUGGGGGAGAUCUGCCAGGACUACGACAGCGACAAAAUGUUCCCGGCGUUCGGCUUCGGUGCUCAGAUCCCGCCUGACUACAAGGUCUCUCAUGACUUCGCUGUGAAUUUUAACGAGGACAACCCAGAGUGUGCAGGGAUCCAGGGUGUGGUGGAGGCCUACCAGGCCUGCCUCCCCAAGCUGCAGCUCUACGGUCCCACCAACAUCGCCCCCAUCAUCCAGAAGGUGGCCAACUCCGCCUCACAGGAGGUUCACACCAAAGAGGCCAUGCAAUACUUCAUCCUGCUGAUCCUGACGGACGGCGUCAUCACCGACAUGGCCGACACGAGGGAGGCCAUCGUCCAGGCCUCCCACCUCCCCAUGUCUGUCAUCAUCGUCGGGAUCGGGAACGCCGACUUCAGCGACAUGCAGAUGUUGGACGGCGACGACGGGAUCCUGCGAUCGCCGAAAGGAGAGCCCGUCCUCCGGGACAUCGUCCAGUUCGUCCCCUUCCGCAACUUCAAGCAUGCGUCUCCAGCUGCUCUGGCUAAGAGCGUGUUAGCAGAGGUGCCCAACCAGGUGGUCGACUACUACAACAGCAAGGGCAUCAAGCCCAAAGUGCCCAGCCAGUACCAGUCUUCCAGGCAGUUUGGACCCUGAGCGCCGCCGCCGCCGCCACCUCACCUGGACUGAGAAACAUGUUUACUGUCUUUUGUUCUUUGUCGAUGUUAAAGGUGCUACACGCAGCGUUUUACCCUGAAGAAAAGGCUCAUAUAGUCACUGUAGACACGCGAGGCCAACCAGAACCAACACUGGACUCACAGGAAGUUUUGCUGGAUUGCUCUGUGGCAGAUAUCACACGUCCAGCUGUGUCUCUAAAGAGACGACAGAGGCGGCUGUUAGAGACAGAAGUGCAACAGGUCAGAUAUCUUUGCAUCAUGUUUUGCCCGUUGCACACAGAAUAUGCAAAAACAGUCAAAGCACAGAGGCUGAGAUGCACCAGAACUUCGGUUCUGUUGGACCUCAGUCACCUACACAGACAGGGUUUACACCUCUACCAAGUAGCCGUUGAUAGCUUGUUUUAGCUAUGUAGCAUUACUUUACUGUACUAGCUGUACCAGCUACUGACCAGCUAACCGACCAGCUAGCUGCUCUGAUUGUCUACCUAGCAUGUCAGCAGUUAGCUCACAGUCACAGCAGCUGGUCACCAUGUCGUUAAGGAGAGCACUGCCACACACACACACACACACACACACACACACACACACACAAACACACACACACACACACACACACACACACACACACACACACACACACACACACA